AUGGUGAAAAAGGAAAAAUGUUACGCUUCACGAAUUAUACAUGAAAUGCUACAUGAUGACACUAAUUACCUUUAUCUUAUCAUCAUAAAACCCAUUUUACAAGAAUUAAAUUCCUUAAAUUUAACUUUUCAAAAGAAUUUUGUGGAUCUUGGAAGGUCCUAUGAUGAUAUUUGUUGUUUAUUUAUAUUUUUGGCAAAGAAAAUUAUAAAAGAAUCUGUAGUGUCAAAAGGAUUUGAAUAUAUAUAUAACAAUAUUAAUAAUGAUUCUGUAUACCGACAUUCGAGCAAUUGUGAUUAUGGAGUGGGGUAUAACCAGUCAAUAAUUAAUAUAAAUUUAUCUCAAGAAAAGAAGUCUAAUGUACAGACACAAGCUUUUAAUUUUAUUAAACAAUUACUGUAUGAAAUAAAAAAGAGAUUGCCCGACAACAUUGAAUUUUUCAAGAAAAUGAAAUUAUUUUCGCCCACUUUGUGUUUAUGCCAAUUGCAUGUAAAUUUUAUUGAUUUACCUUUUGUUAAUUUAUUUUUAAAACCUUCAGAGAUUGUAUUGAUAGAAACACAAUGGGAAAAAUUAACAACAGUAACUUGGAAAAUGUACUUAAAUGAAAAACAGUUAAACGAUGCCAACUUAUUUUGGCCAAAAGUUUACAAUUACAAAGAUGCGGGUGGUAAUUUUGCAUUUAGGGAAUUGUCAGAAUUCGUUCUAAAAGGUCUCUCAUUGCCUUCAAGCAAUGCUGUGGUGGAGCGAGUAUUCUCUAUAAUGAAUACAGUAAAAACAAAAUCCAGAAAUCGUAUAAAUGCAAAUAUGUUGGAUGCUUUAUUAAGAAUAAAAACUACAUUUAUUUCUACGAAAACAUGUUGUACAGAAUUUGUACCACCUAAAUCAAUGUAUGACAAGUUUAAUUCAGAAAUGUAUAACAAAAAAAAAUGA